AUGACAGGUGGAUUGGCCGGAACCUCUGAUGUUGCCCGCAUCGAGGCACCCGUCACAGCAAAAGCAUACAUGAUGUGUGCUUUUGCUUCCUUCGGAGGUAUCUUCUUUGGUUAUGAUUCUGGUUACAUCUCUGGUGUCAUGGGAAUGGAUUACUUCAUCCAUCUAUACACUGGCAAGGCAAUUCCCGGUUCAGGAGCAUCACCUGCCGAACUCGCCGCGUUCGUUCUUCCCGCUUCUGACAAGUCCUUGAUCACGUCUAUUCUCUCGGCCGGCACCUUCUUCGGUGCCGUGAUUGCUGGUGAUCUUGCCGAUUGGUUCGGUCGCCGAACCACGGUCAUUCUCGGUUGUCUCGUCUUCAUCGUUGGGGUCAUUUUGCAAACUGCUUCCACGGGUCUCGGUCUCCUCGUUGCGGGUCGCUUGAUCGCUGGUUUCGGUGUUGGUUUCGUCUCGGCGACUAUCGUUCUUUACAUGUCCGAGAUUUGUCCCAAGAAGGUUCGUGGUGCUUUGGUAUCUGGUUACCAAUUCUGCAUCACCAUCGGUCUUCUUCUCGCAUCAUGUGUCGAUUAUGGUACUCAAAACCGUCUCGAUACUGGAUCUUACAGAAUCCCAAUCGCUCUGCAGAUCUUAUGGGCUGUCAUCUUAGCUGGUGGUCUCUUCUUCCUUCCCGAAUCUCCAAGAUACUUUGUCAAGAAAGGUAAUCUCGAUCGAGCCGCCAUCAACCUCGCACGUCUCAGAGGCCAACCACAAGGCAGUGAUUUCAUUCAACAAGAACUUACCGAGAUCAUCGCCAACCAUGAAUACGAAAUAUCCGUCAUUCCCGAUACUGGUUACUUUGGCACCUGGAUGAACUGCUUCACGGGAGGACUCCGCAAUCCCGGUUCCAAUCUCCGCCGAACCAUCCUCGGUACAUCUCUUCAAAUGAUGCAGCAGUGGACCGGUGUCAACUUCAUCUUCUACUUCGGAACAACCUUCUUCCAAGCACUGGGUACGAUCUCCAACCCUUUCCUCAUCGGUUUGAUCACCACUCUCGUCAACGUCUGCUCCACUCCCCUCUCCUUCUACACCGUCGAAAAAUACGGUCGUCGUACAAUUCUAAUCUGGGGUGCUCUCGGCAUGUUAAUCUGCGAAUUCAUCGUUGCCAUCAUCGGAGUUACCGCCGGCCGCUCUUCCCAGCACAACGAAUCCGCCACUUCAGCUAUGAUCGCCUUCAUCUGCAUAUACAUAUUCUUCUUCGCCACGACCUGGGGUCCCGGAGCCUGGGUUCUCGUCGGUGAAAUCUUCCCGCUCCCCAUCCGAUCCCGUGGUGUUGGUCUUUCCACCGCCUCCAACUGGCUCUGGAAUUGUAUCAUCGCUGUCAUCACACCAUAUCUCGUCGGUACCGAAAAGGGACAGGCCAAUUUGGGUUCCAAGGUCUUUUUCAUGUGGGGUGCUCUCUGCACAUGCUGCUUCGUCUAUGCCUAUUUCCUGAUCCCGGAAACCAAGGGUCUCUCCCUCGAACAAGUCGAUCGUAUGUUGGAAGAAACCACUCCACGUACAUCCGCAAAAUGGGUUCCUCACUCGACCUAUGCCGCCGAUAUGGGUCUGACAGACAAGAACACUUCUGGAGCUGAGCAUGUUCAAUAUGCCGACAAGCAGGAAGUUUAA